AUGGCCGCCAAAAGGAAAGCUGGUGCACUGCUUCAACACGUUCUGCCAAAGGACAACAUGACGCCAGAGCCUACGGACAUGGCUGACGAUGAUAACUUUUCUGGUCAGGCCUUCGCGAAAGACGCUGAGAAGUUGAAAAUGAUGUUGCUGGCAUGGAAUUAUCACAGCCAGAGUCAAGGCCGCAAUGGUGACAUCACAGAGAGUGGCGCUGACAGCAUGGCGGACCUCUGGGCGUCCUAUCACAGCGCUCUCGGCCUCGGCAGCAAGCCGCCGAAGCCGCCCACACCUUUGGCCACUGGCCACUCGAGUCCGAUACACGUCGGCUCGGCGACGCCGGGCCUGGAGCCAGCGUCUGCCCACGACGAGACCUCCUCGUCAGAUCGCACCAAGGAUGAGGACGAUGCCGGCGCUUCAGACGACGACAGUGACGACCGCGUGGACCCUCAGCACCACGACCCGGAGCGGCUGAAGGCCUUCAACAUGUUCGUCCGAUUGUUCGUAGACGAGAACCUAGACAGGAUAGUGCCCAUAUCCAAACAGCCGAAAGAGAAGAUCCAAGCGAUCAUAGACUCGUGCACGCGACAGUUCCCGGAGUUUGCCGAGCGCGCCCGAAAGAGGAUCAGAACGUACCUGAAGAGUUGCAGGAGGAAUAAGAAAGUGCGUGGCGACGGCCCCAUCAGCGGAAACGGUGGCAGCACGCCGUCUAGUAGCGCUUGGGAUACCGCGGUUCGACCAACGCCGGCGCACCUGACGUCGGUGCAAGCGGAGCACAUCCUGGCGCAGGCUUGCGAGAACGAGAGCCUGAAUGCGAAGCGCAUGCGGCUCGGCCUCGACCCGGUCAGCCAGCCGAUGCCCACUCUGCCCACGCCCAUGGCAAUCGACACGACCGCCACAUCGGCCGUGGCCUCGUCGUUCCUAAGCCUGUACAGCGGCGCCAUGAGCACCUCCACCACCGCCAGUUCUGCCACUGCCACGUCGCUCGCCAGCGCCGGCCACAGCAAGGCGGCCGCCGACACCACUCGCCCGACGAGCAGCCCCUCCAUGGAGAACGCGCUGCUCAACAACAACAGUCUGAAGAUCGACAACGCCAAUGGCAACACUGGCAGCAAGACAGCCAGCCCCGCUUCAUCGCCGGCGCCAUUGUUCAGACCGUCAUUCCCGAACACUUUCGGCACACCGCAGACAUUUGGGAGGCAAAGUUCAAGCACCAGCAGCGCUUCAGCGCUUUCGAGCAGCGCCCUGCUUUCCACUUUAUCGUCGCUUCCACCUACAGGCGUGGGCAUGAACGCAGCAAUGGCCGCGUACCAAAGCGCGCUGUUGUCCGCAAUGGCGGCGCACACGCACACAUUCCCGAGCCUCUCGGCUCCGACAGAUCUGUCCGUGAAGGGGUCGACGCACCACGGCGGCGGCGGGGGCGGGCUGGGGGGCGGGGCGGGCUCGGCGAAGGCGCCCCUCCUCUCGCACAAGCUGUCGGGCGCGGAGGUGGGCGCGGUGCGUCAGCUGAUCACCGGCUACCGCGAGUCGGCCGCCUUCCUGCUGCGCUCCGCCGACGAGCUGGAGGCGCUGCUCCUCAACCAGCCG